AGUCACUAACUGCCAUUAGUAAAGCAAGGGCUCUGCAGGGUCUGGGAAGAUGAGAAGGAAGCGGCCAAGGAUCUUGGGAAGUCUUCGCAAUCCUGUUCCCCCUCAGGCUUCUUCUUUACCUUCUGACCAACCAAACAACAUUCAUUUCUUCCCAUCUCAGUCCGCUGCGCCUCGGCCUGCCAUUCGUACCAACCCUCUUUCUGUUUUCUACUCUACCUCUUUCCCUGCCCUGAAGAACACUUCCUACUUCCCCACCUUAAUGAUUGCUAUGCCCAGCUCCUCCUGUGUAAACAAACUUUCCUCUAAGAGUCCGGCUUAUUUCACUAACCCUUCCUACCUGUCUACCCUCAUGACUACCUCUUCUACAAGAGCACCGCUGGAUAGUUUCCCUCUUUCCCAUCCGGAAACUAGCUACUUUCAGCCAGACUGGCGUAUCCUUCAGGAACUGAGAAAGAAUUCUCUAGACCCAGAGCUUUCAAUUGGAGGCAACAGAUCGGACCUCACAUCCUUGGUACCAGAGAAGCUACAGCCAGAGACAAAUACUGGAAAUCAUGAAGUGGAAGAGGCUCAACCCCUGGAUAGCCUUGAUGCCUUCACUCAGGAAGCACUGGACAGAAUGAGUUGUCAUUUGUCAAGAACACAAGAUUUACCAAAUAACCGUUUCGAGGUGGAGAACGAAGAGGGGGAACCUGAAGUGACGGGACCUCAAGAUUUCUAAAUAACUUCAGGACCCAAAAUGAUGCUACUGCCUACAAAGCUAAAAUAUGAUAUCUGGGACAGAGUCAUCAGAAGCAGCUUGCUUCCCAUGUAGCCAUUCCAUGGAUAAAAUAAACAAAGUGGAUAUGGUUCACAGAGAUGUUACAUUUGCAAAUAAAUUAACAACCAUAUCAAUUUUAACUACGGAUCUGUAAACAAGUUAAGGGAAAGGAAGUUAUUUUAUGCUGACCCUGCAGUCAUUACUAAAGGAAGAAAGCAUGCAUAAGCUUUUACCUGCAUUGAAAGGACACAACGUGUCAAAUUUUUGAGGAAAAAUUAUGAAAAAAUAAAUGUGGAGAUAGG